AACUACGCAUUACGAAACUUAUGUUCGAUCAAAUAAGCCACACGUUGCAAAUAUGCCGUUACAUUUUUUGUCAACCAAAUUCGACAUUCAUUGUCCUCCAUACUAAAACUCCUCGCUUGGUGAGCGGAAAAAACGCCACCUGCUAGAGAAGAUAGAUUUUGGGCCCAGUUAUCCCUCUCGCUUUGCCUCUUCCUCUCUGCAUAAAGUAACUGUAUGUCUAGUGACGUCAUCUAAUUUCCGUUGCCAUUCUCGUCAGUGCCUCUACAAUCAAGGCAGGCUGGAGUAGCUUUCCAACAAAAGUAUAAAAAGUAUCGACUAAGACUCCCGUUCGGAUUUUUAACUUUCUUUUGCACAAAUAACCCGAAUAAUGGAGUCGGAGUUAUGGAAUUAAAGCCACGAGCACUAGCAAUGGACGUUCUUCUUGUGGAAUUACUGUUUUAUAGCAGCUUGCUCUCUCUGGUUCAUGGAUCUCCCUUGCUGCUGUUUGCCAACCGGCGGGAUGUGAGGCUGGUGGAGGUGGGGAGGCCGGAGUCGGUGGUGGUGGUCAGUGAUCUGGAGGAUGCUGCUGCCGUGGAUUUUCUCUACUCUGAAGCACUCAUCUUCUGGACUGACGUCAGCGAGGAGGCCAUCAAGCAAACCUACUACAAUCAGUCCACUCACUCUCUGAAAGAGGCCAUGGGGACAGGGCAGACUGUUGUCGUGUCAGGCCUCGACUCCCCUGACGGACUGGCUUGCGAUUGGUUGGGCCGUAAACUAUACUGGACCGACUCGGAGACCAACCGCAUUGAAGUAGCCAACCUGGAUGGCACAUCUCGGAAAGUGCUCUUCUGGUUAGACCUGGACCAACCCCGGGCCAUCGCCCUGAACCCAGCCCAUCGCUAUAUGUACUGGACAGACUGGGGGGAGGAGCCUCGCAUCGAGAGGGCGGGGAUGGACGGCAGCAACAGGAAGAUCAUCGUGGAGGUGGACAUCUAUUGGCCGAACGGUCUCACCAUUGACCUGGACGAACAGAAACUGUACUGGGCCGACGCCAAGCUGAGCUUCAUCCACAGAGCUAACUUGGAUGGCUCCUCACGGGAGACUGUGGUGGAGGGCACCCUCACCCACCCGUUUGCCCUCACCCUGUCAGAGGAGACUCUGUACUGGACAGACUGGCAGACCCGCUCCAUCCACGCCUGCAACAAACACACAGGAGACAAGAGGAGGGAGAUCCUCAGUGGAAUCUACUCCCCCAUGGACAUCCAAGUGCUGGGUCCAGAUAGACAGCCAGACAUCCAAACUCCUUGCAGUGUGGACAACGGAGGCUGCUCCCACCUGUGCCUGCUGUCCCCCAUACAGCCUUUCUACAGCUGUGCCUGCCCCACUGGAGUCAAGCUCAAGGAGGAUGGGAAGACCUGCCGCCCAGGUGCAGAGCAGGUUCUGCUGCUGGCCCGGAGGACUGACCUGCGGAGGAUCUCUCUGGACCUCCCAGACUUCACCGACAUUGUCCUUCAGGUGGAUGACAUCCGCCAUGCCAUCGCCAUUGACUACGACCCCGUGGAUGGAUACGUGUACUGGACUGAUGACGAGGUCAAAGCCAUCCGCCGCUCCCGUAUCGAUGGCACUGAGGCCCAGACCCUGGUCACCACUGAGAUCAACCACCCAGAUGGCAUCGCAGUGGACUGGGUGGCCCGGAACCUGUACUGGACGGAUACUGGCACUGACCGUAUUGAGGUUACCAGGUUGAACGGAACCUCCCGGCGUAUUCUGAUCUCAGAGAACUUGGAUGAACCAAGGGCCAUUGUGCUGGACCCUGUCAAUGGUUACAUGUACUGGACAGACUGGGGGGAGAAGCCCAAGAUAGAGCGAGCUAACCUGGAUGGAACUGAGCGUCUCGUGCUGCUCAAUACCUCGCUGGGUUGGCCCAACGGUUUAGCCAUCGACUAUGAAGCAGGAAAGCUGUAUUGGGGCGAUGCCAAGACAGACAAAAUUGAGGUGAUUGACGUGGAUGGCUCCAACAGGGUGACCCUGCUGGAGGACAAGCUUCCCCACAUCUUUGGCUUCACGCUGCUAGGCGACUACAUCUACUGGACGGACUGGCAGAGACGGAGCAUCGAGAGGGUCCACAAGACCGACGCCAUCCGAGAGAUCAUCAUCGAUCAGCUGCCUGACCUUAUGGGUCUCAAGGCCACCAGAGUCACAGAGACCUCCGGCACGAACGGCUGUGCGGAAGACAACGGCGGCUGCAGCCACCUGUGUUUCCACCGGCCACAGGGCCUGCGCUGUGCCUGUCCCAUGGGCCUGGAGCUGCUCAGUGACAUGAGGACGUGCGUGGUGCCCGAGGCUUUCCUGCUUUUCACCAACCGGGCUGACAUCCGCUCCAUCUCUCUCGGCACAAACUCUAACGAUGUGGCCAUCCCACUCACCGGGGUCAAGGAGGCCUCUGCCCUCGACUUUGACGUCUCCGAGAACAGGAUCUACUGGACUGACGUUAGCACCAAGACCAUCAGCAGGGCCUUCAUGAAUGGCAGCUCUGUGGAGCAUGUGAUAGAGUUUGGCCUGGACUACCCAGAGGGCAUGGCAGUGGACUGGAUGGGCAGGAACGUGUACUGGGCCGACACCGGGACCAACCGCAUCGAGGUGGCCCGGCUGGACGGACAGUACCGGCAGGUCCUGGUGUGUAAGGACCUGGACAACCCUCGCUCCCUGGCCCUCGACCCCGCCAACGGUUACAUGUACUGGACUGAGUGGGGAGGCAAGCCCAGGAUCGCCAGGGCCCACAUGGACGGCAGCAACAUAGUGACCCUAGUGGACAAAGUGGGCAGAGCAAACGGCCUCACCAUCGACUACAUUGACCAGAGACUGUACUGGACCGACCUGGACACCUGCAUGAUAGAGUCAACCAACAUGCAAGGUCUACAGAGGGAGAUAGUGGCUGACGACCUCCCGCACCCGUUUGGUCUGACCCAGUACCGGGAUUAUAUCUACUGGACCGACUGGAACCUGCGCAGCAUCGAGCGGGCAGACAAGCGCAGCGGCCUCAACCGCACCAUGGUCCAGGGACACCUGGAGUACGUCAUGGACAUCCUGGUCUUCCACUCCUCCCGCCAGGAUGGUGCCAACGACUGCUCCCAGAACAACGGCAACUGUGCCCACCUGUGCCUGGCGUCGCCCGCCGGCGCCCAGUGCCGCUGUGCCUCCCACUACACCCUGGAUUCCAACGGCAGGAACUGCAGCUCCCCCUCCAGCUUCCUCCUGUUCAGCCAGAAGGCCUCCAUCAGCCGCAUGGUUCUGGGGGAGCAGAGCCCCGACAUCAUCCUGCCCAUCCACGUGCUCCGCACCGUCCGGGCCAUCAGCUAUGACCCCCUGGACCACCUGGUCUACUGGGUGGACGGACGACAGAACAUCAGGAGGGCCCGCGACGAUGGCACACAGUCAUCAGUGGUGGUGUCCACCACUACCACCCACCAGCAGCAGCCUGACAAGCAGCCCCACGACCUGAGCCUGGACCCCUACAGCCGUACUGUCUACUGGACUUGUGAGGCCACCAACACCAUCAACCUCCAGCGCCUAGACGGAGAUGCUGUGGGCGUGGUGCUGAGGGACGAACACGACAAACCCAGAGCCAUCGUUGUCAAUGCAGAGAAAGGGUACAUGUAUUUCACCACCAUGCAGGAUCGCUCUGCUAAGAUCGAGGGAGCGUCUCUGGACGGGACGGAGCGGGAGUCUCUGUUCACCACGGGUCUGAUCCGGCCUGUAGCCCUAGCCCUGGACAACAAGCUGGGAAAACUGUUCUGGGUGGACGCUGACCUGAAACGCAUCGAGAGCAGUGACCUCACUGGAGCCAAUCGGAUCGUCCUCCAGGACUCAAACAUCCUGCAGCCCAUGGGUCUGACGGUGCUGGGAGAGCACCUGUACUGGAUCGACAGACAGCAGCAGAUGAUCGAGCGGGUGGACAAGCUGACGGGGGAGAAGAGGACCCGCAUCCAGGGUCGCAUCUCCUACCUCACCAGCAUCCACGCUGUGGAAGACAUGGACCCUACCGAGUUUGCUUCUCAUCCCUGUUCCCGUGACAACGGAGGCUGCUCACACAUCUGCAUCGCCAAAGGAGACGGGACGCCUCGCUGCUCCUGUCCCAUGCACCUGGUCCUGCUGCCCAACCUGCUGGUCUGUGGAGAGCCGCCCACCUGUUCCACAGAGCAGUUCACCUGUGCCACAGGCGACAUUGACUGCAUCCCCAUGGCGUGGCGUUGUGACGGCUUCGCCGAGUGUGACGAUAACAGUGACGAGGAGAAGUGCCCAGUGUGCUCGGCCUUCCAGUUCCAGUGUGACAAGGGCCAGUGUGUGGAUGCUCAGCUACGCUGUAACGGAGAGGCAGACUGCACAGACAACUCCGAUGAACAGGACUGUGACACUAUCUGCCUGCCCAACCAGUUCCGCUGUAACAACAACCAGUGCAUCCUGAAGAAACAGCAGUGUGACUCCUACAGUGACUGUGCUGACAACUCUGACGAGCUCUUCUGUGAAUUCCUCACCCCCUCGUCAAACGACAUUCACUCAUCUCACACCAGCACCAUAGGCCCUGUCAUUGGCAUCAUCCUGUCAGUGUUUGUGAUGGGAGGGAUGUACUUUUUGUGCCAGCGGGUCGUGUGCCGCCGUUACAAAGGUCCCAACGGAGCCUUCCCCCACGAGUACAUCAGUGGCACCCCCCACGUACCCCUCAACUUCAUCGCCCCUAGCAGCUCACAGAACGGAACCUUCACAGGUAAAGAAGGUAUCUCGUGUGGGAAGUCUAUCAUGAGUUCUGUCAGUCUGAUGGGGAGCAGCAGUAGUGGAACUCCGCUCUACGACAGGAACCAUGUGACAGGGGCCUCCUCCAGCAGCUCAUCCAGCGCCAAGGGAGCCUUCUAUCCACAGAUGCUCAACCCUCCUCCCUCUCCAGCCACGGAUCGCUCCCUGUAUAACGCAGACGUCUUCUAUUCCUCUAACAGUCCCUCCACCACCAGGUCUUACAGGCCUUAUCUAAUGCGAGGCGUGGCACCCCCCACCACCCCCUGCAGCACUGACGUCUGUGACAGCGACUACACCACAAGUCGCUGGAAGAGCAACAAGUACUACAUGGACCUUAACUCAGACUCUGACCCCUACCCUCCUCCCCCCACCCCCCGGAGCCAGUACCUAUCAGCAGAGGAGAGCUGCCCCCCUUCUCCAUCCACAGAGCGCAGUUACUUUCACCUCUGUCCCCCGCCCCCCUCACCCUGCACUGACUCUUCAUGACACUUGGGGAAAUAGCCAUGUCUGUAAAUAAUUUUAAAUAUGAACAAAUUAGAUAAUUCUAUUUUAUUCAUUUCCACUGAUUGCCAUGGGUUAAAGUGGGGAUGGGAUGGAAUAGGGCCAGAUCAAGUGUGAAAUUGUUGUACAGUGUGAAUUGUAUCACUUGUCUUUAUCUUUCAUGUUUCCCACCUUCGUUUCAGAUGGAGUAUCGUCCUAAUUUAGAGAAUACCUUCAAUUUGACGCCGUUCUAUUGGCCUUUGUUUUUUCAGCAAAAUACUUUAGAACUUCCUUCAAACAACAGAUACCUAUUUACGGUGACAUUUAACAAGCGGACACCAAUAUCGAUUUGAGGAAGUACUCUAUUCAAAAAUAUUAAACUGGUUAUGUGGCCAGCCAAAAGAAUUUAAAAAAAUUAUAUUGUAAAUAUUUGUAAUUAAGUAAAUAAUAAUUGUUUUCAUAACAGCCAUCAUAUGUUCUUAUUAAUGAUUUUAUUUGUGAUUUGAAAUUGUCCCAAGCAUAUGUUUAUUUUACAAUAUACCAAAAGUGUGUUUGCUGCUACUGUACAUAUAUACUGAGUUAUAAAAACACUUAAAAAAAAAAAAAAAGGAAAGCACCCAACCAAACAAUUACAAUUUGCGUAUUAAGACUGACAAUAGAUCAUGAAGCUAUUUGACUGUUUUUAAUUAUUUGUCUAGCAACAUUGCAAUUGUUUUUUUUGUGUAGAACAGUAUUCACAUGUGCAUUUGUGAAAUUGUGUUCAUUGUUUUGAAGGAGUCUGUAUGAAAUAACUCAUAAGAACGGCUUCAUCAUUGAUGCAGUUGUCACCCAGAAAUGACAAGGCUAGACACAACCUUUUAACUCUCUCGUGAAUCUCUUCACUUUAUCAUUAAACUGAUAUGCCAUGUCAGUGUGCUCUAUUUACAUAUGACAUAUUACACUGACUAUUCCUUUAAAAAAAWWAAAAAWUUAAGAUGCCAAUARGGUUGGUAUUUCAGCUUUUUUUAGUUUAAAAAAAACUGUUCCAUCAUCCUCUUCUCUAAACAAUUUUACUAUCCUCAUACCUUUCAAUUUAAUUCUAUAGAUUGAAUUUCAUCAGUGGUGAAUAUCAUGCACCUGUAAAAUCAUGGCUCCAUUAUAUUGUCUUGUUUUGAAGGUCUAUGUGUACGCUCAGCAAGCUGUCAGUUGCUAAAUUGAGCACUUACUUAAAAAUGAACUAUCCAACCAGUUAUGAAAUGUGAACAGUGAAUGUAAAAAUGACUGUUGGACGUGCAGAGGGAAAUGUAUAUUAAAUUCAUACCUCUUUUAAAGCUUAUUUCCAAGCUUUUUCUCAGUCAUUUGGAUAUUUGUGUAUAGGCAAUUAACAAUGGUGCUGACAUAAGAAGUGAAAUUAAAUCAUGUUCAACAUUAGUGUUAUGACAUAGUGUCAGGCCUCCAUCUUUAUGUUGAACACCUCUGGCUUCUACCAGAGAGGUUGUAUAGGUUCCUCAGACCUCCACAACAAAACCUGCUGCCCUGCCCAUUUUAAGCCUUGUUGCUGGAUAGYGAAAACUUCGACUCUACUUCAUUGUGCCAGUAUAUAGAUGCUCUCCGUACAAACUCUGUUUUGUGUUUUAAAUGCCUUGUGUAAUUUACACUUGUGAUAAUUUUUGUAUCAAAAGCAUUUUUAUAUAAUAAAGGUUAUAUUUUAAGGAA